ACUUUUUUACACUUUUAAAUCCACCAAAACUCACCCAGUUCAUGCCCUUCAGUCUUCAUACCUUUUUUAAACCAAAAAUUUCAUACUUUCUGCAAUUUCUCCAACUCCAUUUUUUUCUCUUUUGAUAAAAAAUGGGGAACACAAACUCUCCAAAAAACCCCAUAAACCCAGAAUGCAUAUGUUAGUCUGAGCAACUUACCACAUUAAUUGGCUUAGGUAACAAUGAAACAGUCGUACAGAUUUCAAUUUACAAAAUUAAUAAAUUAUAAUUCUGAUUUAUUUUUUUGGGCCGGCUCAUCUAAAGGCGGUCUCUUUUCAUAAGAUUUUGUGAAAUAAUAUCUCCAUUAUCUAAAAAAAUUUAUUUUUAUUAAUAUAUUUGACCCAUUGCAAUAGAAGUAAAUAGUUCAAGAAAUGAUCACCUCUCAUUCUUGGUUGUGCAAAACAAAUCAUCUUCCAGCAAGUGCCAAGUGGGACAUUUCAUUCUUCUUCAACCCAAAAAAAAAACUACUACAAAAUAGUACAAAAUUAUGUUUUCAACUGCCAUUGUUACACCUUCAAGCUCAAACCCAGUUUCAACCCCCCAAUUUACUCUCACUACCAACACCCAAUUGAUCAUCAGGGCAGCAUCAAAAUCUAAAUUUGAUUGUGUUUUCAACAAAUUUCACACCAGAUCUUUGAGCUCCAAUUCAUUUUCUAAAUUUUUAUUCAAAGUUCCUAAUGGGUAUUUUUUGCGCCAUUCAAUCUAUACUUCUUCAUCAUCCAAAAGGGUUUUCCGGCCUGUCAUGGAAUCCCAAACUUGCACGGUCAAAAUGGAAGUUGAUGUGCCUGUUUCUGUAGCAUACGACUGCUAUUCUGAUCGUGAAGCCAUGCCCAAAUGGAUGCCUUUCAUUUCAUCCGUUAAGGUUUUGGAAGACAAGCCUGAUCAAUCAAGAUGGACGCUGAAAUACAAAGCGUUUGGUCGAGAUAUUGAGUUCUCUUGGCUUGCUCGAAAUCUUCAGCCCAUUCGGAAUCAAAAAAUUCAUUGGAGAUCCGUGGAAGGUCUUCAAAACAGUGGUGCUGUUCGAUUUUAUCCAAAAGGUCCUUCAUCGUGUCUCAUAGAACUAUCUGUUUCAUAUGAAGUUCCUCAACUUCUAGCACCUGUAGCAUCAGCCCUUCAACCUUUUCUCGAGAGUCUGCUUUUACAAGGUUUAGAAAGGUUUACAAAAUUUGUGAAAAGCCGUCAACCAAAGUCUGCCAACUGAUCUUUGUGCGAGUCUCUGAAGUCUGAAGUACAUUAUUGAUUAGUGCAGCAAAUAUUUGCAUCAUAAUCCACUGGGUUUCUGUAACGUCGAGAGCUACGGGAUGUGCUAUGAUUUGGGCGGGCAUUUGUAUUCUGUAAAGGGGUGAUUAUGACCCAUCUGAUCCCUUCUUAAAAACUGUAAAGUCAAACCUGUUCAAUGUCCUUUGUAUCUCGUUUGGAUUCGCGUUGAGGUUGUAAGGCCCGACUCUUGAACGUGGGAAGCAAAACUAUGUCUAGUUUGCUUGUAACUUGUAAUACAUCAAAUUGUUCGAUAUUGAAUUUAUGAAAAGUAUACUUGUUUCUUAUAUAA